AGAGUUUACGCAGGAUUUCGAUCCUUCCUUUUCAAUUCGAACGGCCUCCCCGGUUGUUCCAACUUCACUGCUCUUCAUCGCGUCUUCACACGUAUGUGGAAACUCUACCAGCGUCGCCACCUGUGGCUUCUUAUAGUGUACAGGUUCUUCUCCAAAUUCUAUGGUAGCUUUAGAGGAGAGGGCUCUGACACUUUGCAACAAAUCUCACCCCAUGGUCGUAAAAUUCUGAGCAUUGACAACUCCACGUCGUCACCUGAUGACGUGGGGGUUGUUCCGAGUUGCAUUCCUCCUUCCCUGGAUGAAUUCCCUGACGAUUUCUUCACCCAGGAGCAACGAGUGAGGGGAGGCCUCAUCGUCCACGCUCUAAUAAUCGCCUACAUAUGUUUGAUGUUAGCAAUCGUCUGCGACAAAUAUUUCGUACCAUGCCUCAAAGUUAUGUCUUCAUAUUUCAAAGUUCCGACGGACAUCGCCGGUGCCACAUUCAUGGCCGUCGGAGCUUCUUCACCGGAACUGUUCUCAUCCGUCAUAGGAGCCUUUGUGACAGAAGGUGACAUUGGUGUCGGCACUGUCGUCGGUUCUGCAGUAUUCAACAUUUUAGCAGUAACCGGAGCAGCGGGCUUUGCUGUAGGAUCGGCGGCAGUUCAGCUGGAUUGGUAUCCAAUCACCAGAGAUUGUGUAAUGUACAUUAUAACAAUUAGUACUUUAGUUGUUAUAAUCCACGAUAAUAUUGUAACCUGGAUAGAAUCUAUAGUGUUGAUUCUUAUGUUCGUUGGGUAUUUAGUCGUUCUUUAUUUCAACUGUCACGUACAAGAAGUUACAACCAGAACAGCUAGACAUUUUACCAUUUGGUGGCAGAACAAAAAGGGAGAAUCCAUGGAUUUACUACCCCGAACCUACGUUGAUGAAUCAUCGGCUUUACUGGUGGCCAACAGACUGGCCAAUCGCUAUCACAGCAAUGAGGACUCGGCCUGUCCGUCGAUGACCUCUUCAUUAAUGGCUUCCGACGAGAUGACCACUAGUGGCGAAAGCGACACAUUGGCCAAAGAGAGCGGGCAUUAUAAAGUCCCUAUUCUUGUACCAGAACUGAUAACUCAGAAGUACAUAUUGGUCAAAGAUUUGGAUGAUGAUACAGACACAUUGCAGAAAGUCACUGAAGAUUUAGAAUCAUCCCUCGAGGUAAACCUAUGGAAGGUGCCAGAGAGCCAUUGGCAUAAGAUCUUCUACUUUCUGACAUGGCCACCCAGCCUCUUGUUUGCCAUGACCAUCCCAAAAUGCAACGGACCCGGUAAAACCAAAUGGUUUCCACUCACUUUCUUCACCAGUAUUGUCUGGCUUGGAGUCCUCUCCUACAUGUGCUUUUGGAUGGCAGCAGUCAUCGGAUACACACUGGGUAUCCCAGAUACAGUAUCCGGCCUGACAAUUUUGGCCGCAGGAACAAGUAUUCCAGAAUUGGUUUCGAGUGUCAUUGUCGUGAGAAGUGGAUUGGGCAACAUGGCCAUGUGCAAUUUGCUGGGAAGUAACAUCUUCGAUAUUCUAUUCUGCCUGGGUGUCCCGUGGCUGGCAAAGACCCUCAUGAACACAGGCACCCGCUCUUUGGUUAUCAACAGUUCAGCCUUGACUUACACCACUCUCAUCCUCCUCUGUGUAGUCGUCAUUUUCUACAUGAUCCUGAUCGCUUGCAAGUGGAAGUUAAAUUGGCGAUACGGCAUCGCCGCUUUUACGCUGUACGUUGCCUUUCUGGUGAUAGCUUCGAUGUACGAGAGCAACGUGUUUGGCGACUUUAAUCCCCCCACCUGCAAUAGCUGACGAAUGCUGCCGACACUUUCUGUCUGAACUAGCAUUUAUCAGAUUCGUUUUUUAGAAGUAUUUUUAUACUGUAUUCGUCAUUUUUUUCUAUCUAUUACUGUUUUAAUCUGUACCUGUGAAAUUUCAACUGUGUGGCGUGUGGAAUUAAGUGUCAUAUUUCAUAUUUCUGAGAAGAGAAUAAAUAGUUAUACAUUGC